CAAUGUGUAGAAAGUGAUGGAAAGCAAUUGCUGUCCAUUUAUCAGUAGCCAUUCAUUUGGAAUGUUCAUUCAAUGAUGGAGUGUUUGGAAAUUUGCUAAAAUAAUGAAGAUCAUGCCGUGUGAUUUUGCCAAUAUUCCUGUUCGUGAGUGCAUCUGUUUGCCCAAUCAGUCAUUGGACAGUACAACAACAACUGAUUGGGACCGUCUUAUCAAUCUGCAAAGGAUCGCCUGGUAUAAAUAGAGCAAAUUUCAUUGCCAAAAACUCAGACGGGUUUUUGGUGUAAGUCAUGCGGAAUUUUAUUGUGCUCGCUGCGCUUUUUGCGCUUUCAGCUGCUACUCAGGUGUCCUACGAUGGAUACCAAGUUGUAACCAUCAAGGUGGAUGAUGCCACUAAGUUAGACUUGCUGUUCCAGUGGCAGGAUCAUGGAAUUGACUUCUGGGAUAACAUGAAUGCCUUGGGACGUCCUGUGAGGGUAAUGAUCCCACCUUCGCUCUUGGAUGAGUUUCCAGCUUUCCUCAGGGAAAAUGAGAUUUCCUACGAACUCACCAUUCCCAACGUAGAAACUGUUUUCCAAGAAGAAAGAAGGGUUCAGAUGCAGCGGCGAGCACGUGCUCUGAUGAAUCGUGGUACAUCGAGGUCUACAACUGAUUUCUCCUACUACUGGCAAACCGAAGAAAUUCACUCCUACCUUCGUGCUCUGGCUGCUGACUACCCCAACUUGGUUACAUUGGAUCAAGCAGGAACCAGCUACGAAGGUCGUGAGAUUUUGGUCAUUAGAAUUUCAAACUCUGGCUUUGAUGGAUCCAAACCGAAAAUCUUCAUUGAUGCUACAAUCCAUGCACGUGAGUGGAUUGCACCAAUGGCUGCUAUGUACCUCAUCCAUGAACUUGUUGUGCAUUCAAAUGAAAAUGCUGACCUUUUGGAUUGUGACUGGAUCAUUAUCCCCUUGGCUAAUCCCGAUGGCUACCAGUUCUCUCAUGAUUCUAACCGUAUGUGGAGAAAGACUCGCUCUGUGAAUCCAGGAAGUACAUGCAUGGGCGUAGACGGCAACAGGAACUACCGCUUCAACUGGGGAUAUGCAGGAAUCAGUACCAAUCCCUGCUCAGACAUCUACCUUGGACCGGAACCUCAUUCUGAAGUCGAAGUUCAGGCUGUUUCCAAUGAGCUGACAAAGGAAGCUGCAGGCGUUAAGCUGUACCUGAGCUUCCAUUCCUUCGGCGAUUGGCUGCUCUUCCCAUGGGGAUAUGAUCGUAUCUACCACGACAAUCGUGAUCAGCUCUACGAUCUUGGACACUUAGUUGCUGAUGAGAUUUACUACACUCACGGAAGAAGGUACACUGUUGGAAACUCCGCCAUUCUCCUGUAUCCAGCUGCUGGAGCUAGUGACGAUUACGCAGCUGCUGAGCACAAUAUUGACCUCUCUUACACGGUUGAGCUUACUGGCGGCGGUUCAACAGGCUUCGAUUUGCCACCUGAUCAAAUUAUUCCCGUCUCUGGGGAAAUGUUCACUGGAAUGCGUGCCUAUGCACGGUACAUUGCUCAGAACUACUAAAGCAAUAAACGGUUUUUGACAUAAGGCUA